AUGUCAACCCGUCAUGCAGCACAGGAUCGAUCUCGCUUAAUUCAAGAGGCUAUCGACAACCUUUUUGCAGAAUUUGGAGCCACAGUGGGGAAUCUAGACCGGACCGCACAGAAUCUACAUCAAGCAGAGGAGAAUUAUGUCUUUCAAGUCCUCCGCGAUUAUGAGAAUGGAACAUUUCCAAACGGCAGAGUAAUUUUAGCCCACGACGGUGAGUUCAUUGUUCUGAAAUCCCACGAAGACCCCUCCCUCCUGACGCAACAGGCCCUAUCUCAGAGAACGAAAUCAACCCCUCGGAUAUACUGA